AUGUUUUUCAGGCUUGAAAAUGCUCCGUGGGGCGAAGGGUACCUUGAUCAGCCAGUAUGGAAAUUAACCCCAGUGGGCGAAGGCCCCAGCGAGAGUGUUUCCAUGGUAACUGUAGGCAAUAUCCAUGUAGUUCAAGAUAAAAAUAGUGAGCUUGUCAAUCGGAACUUGCAGCCUGUCGACUUCACCGUGGGCGAAAACCUGGUUUCCCAGAGCUUCGUAGCC